CUUUACAUUUACAUGAGAGUCGUCCUGUGUGGCGUGUCUUAGUAUACAAUGAGUAAUGACAUUAAUGAAAUAGUAUUUAACAGAGAUUAAGAUAGCGGAGCUGUUAUGAUCGUGACGCCGCCCCGCGCAACAUACAUAUAGUACACGACACUAUCACAUACAUAUGUAUAUAUAAACACUUGUAUAUAUAUAUGAACUCAGCCUCUACCACACGGAGAGUGUGGUGGUCGGCGCGGGCGGAGGUUCCCAGAAUGCGUUUUCCUCGUCAUCAGCGCUGACGAAUCAGCGACGUCACAGUGACGCGUAGCGAGAAUAAAAGUAGAGGAGAAGCCGCGCGGCCGCCAUAAACCCGCUGACGUGGACCCGAGAGGAGGGUGCGGACCCUGGAGCCUCGAAUGGACACGGACAGACACCGCGGCCGAAGCCCUGGCGCCCCACAAUGAAUGCAUGGAGUCCCCGCUGCCGGCCCACGAACAAGAGGACGACUCCGAGGAUGACACCGUGCCCGCCGACCCUGAGAAGUGGCAAUGUGGUGACGUGGUGCGCUGCGUGCGGUGGGUGUCCCGUCAGUUUUCGGUGCCCGCGCCUCGGACCCACCUGCUGCCGUCCAGCGGCGCCGCGCUCCUCGCCCUCACCGCCGACAACUGGCUCCAGGUGUGUUCCGGGAACGAGCAAGCUGCCCGUAUCUUCCAGGCGUACGUGGCUCACGCUCAUGCCGCGGCCAAGGGUCGCCCGCCGCCUCCUCAGCUACCGGAACAUCAGACCUCGAGCUCGCAGGGACUCUCGCAGCAGACCGAGCCUUACCCGUUGAGCGGCUGUGUCCGGGGCGGCGGAGGCCAGGUGCAGCUGUGGCAGUUCCUGCUGGAGGAGCUCGCGGCCGGCGCUCCCGGGAUAUGUUGGGAGGGCUCCCCGGGGGAGGGCGAGUUCCGGCUGUGUGACCCGGACGAGGUCGCCCGCCGCUGGGGUCGCCGGAAACAGAAACCACAUAUGAAUUACGACAAGCUGUCUCGAGCGCUCAGAUACUAUUACGACAAGAACAUCAUGACCAAGGUUCCCGGCAAACGUUACGCGUACCGGUUCAGCUGGGCCGGGCUGGCGGCGGCGUGCCAGGCUCAGGCGGCGGAGGCGCCCCCGUACUGGCACUACCUCGCCCGGGGACCGCUCCCUGCACCACCGGCAUCGGCUCCUGCUACGGAACCCGAGUCCUUACCGGCACACGCUCCGAACUCACAAACUCUGUGACCGACACGGGACCCGCCGGGAACUUACAAGUGUUAAUUACAAAAAAAAACAGUUACAGUGACUGAGUGAACAGAAGUCAGUGUUUUAUAUUUUUUUAUGUUAACAUUGUUUUUUUUUAUUCGAUACAUUUCCAUUGAACGUGUGUGUGUGUGUGUGUGUGUGUGUGUGUGCGUGUGUGUUUGUGUGUGUGUGUGCAUCUCGUAUUAUUUGUAUAAAACACAAGUCAGGUCGUGUCCGGCCAGGCUCCGCGCUGAGUGUAUGAGUGUGUGGGAAUCCCGAGCCUCAGUAGCGAGAGGUCGGUGCAGGUUGUAAGGAAAUGUGUCGACUGCUUACAUUUUAUUUUAAUGUUUUUUUCUAGCAUAGCGUUGUUAACAUUCUGCUUGCAAUUUUAUCAAAUGUUCCAUAAAGAGAACUCGUGUAGUUUGAACCCUAAAGUAAUUGUUAUUUGAGUCAGUGGUCCUAACUGUAUAUAGUAUAUGUAUUAAAUAAUUAUAUUUUCAAGAACUUUUAACUUUUGAAGCAACUGUCAUACUGUCGUUACAAGGAAAUGUAUGUAAAAGAGCAAACUCCCUGGAUGUUCAUUGACCUGUGUGUCAGGAGUAGAGCGGCCGUUUACGAGGAACGUCUCCCAAUACAAUAUAUUAAGACAGAACAAUUACUGCUUCGGUAAACUUUUAACCAGUUCCUAAAUGUCUAGUUUAUGAAACGGUUUUCAUACAAUAUAUUUAAUUAAUAUUAAGGUAACGAACAUCCCAGUACUUUAAGUGUCUCGAGUGAUGAUGAAGACUACAGCCCAGUAUCUUCAUACGACUCAUCGCCUUGAACGUCUGUGACUGUAACUUGUAGAGCUGAGAACUAGUCGUGAUGCGAUUAUUACCCAUAACUUCUUAUAACACGUAUCACUGCUCCACUUAUGAUUUCCUUCUUAUUUUCCAUUUAUUUCAGUUUUAUAACCUGCAAUUUUCACUCGAUUCUGCAUCUGUCAUAGUAGUGAUUUAUAAACUCACUCCACUCCAGUUUUUCCUUACAUAUAAUACUAAGUCUUUUCUUACUCACUGGUCGUCGUGUCUAUCCUGUGUGUAUCCUCCACCAACAGGAGGUCGGUUCUGCUGACCUGUCUUCUGAAAGAAACGUUUGCAGAACUGGAGUCUCCCAGGGCCACGCUUCAGUCUCAGUCUUCAUGAGUGAGAGCAUUCUUAUAAUUCUAUAAUGAAAUGUUCUACAAGUGGUAUAUUUAGAUAGAGUUCAUUUCCUUGGUGUUUGACCGGAGUCAUUCCGGUAAGUUUGUGACGUCAUUAAUUAUCUCCGUGAACCGACGCAGCUUCCCAACAUGAUGCAUCGUAUUUCAAUCUCCUACAGAUGACUCAUUGUCUCUAUCUUCAUCUUGUUGCUCUCCCAGCUCGCCGUCUCCGUUACACAGACACACUAAUCCCCCAAGUGAUGCAGAGCCACCCUCACUCUCAGCGUGUUUAGGACGCGUGCACUCUUGGACUCUUAAUUUUGUUUAUAUUGUUAUUUACUAUUCAUAUCUUUGUCAGUCGGCGGAGUCGCGAGCUAUCCAUUGUAAUCUAUUAACUCGUAUUGCGUGUCAUCGGCGAGACGUCGCACGUGUCUCCAUUUGAGGUAGUUCCAUCUGCUGUUUGCGUUGAUUUUGAUUGAAUUUUAUUUUGUAAAUAUAAAUGGACAUGUUAUUUCAAAAUGUUUUUAUAGAGGCGUUUUCUUAUCGUAUUUUCAUUUUACAAAUUGAAUUAUUAAGAAGUUAUCAUACAUGCGAUGUACAUAUCGUGCGAGGUUAUAUUUUAUUUAUAGUACGGACUAGGUAAAGAAAAAAAAAUUGUUAUUGCUUUUUGAUCUGACCUCUUAUUUUCAAUAAUUUAUUCCAAUGUACAGACGCCAUUGAUUACAAUUUUUUUAUUGUAUAUCAGAACCUAUUGAUUAUUGCGAACAGUUAUACAGUAUAGAAGCAAAUUAAACUUCUAAAAUAAAAGAAACCUAAGUUACUCUUCCUAACUUAAUGCUCAUACAAUCUAGAACAGACGGACAAACAGAUUUUUUUAAGAAGAGUUUUUUGGUACAAUUCUACCGCACAAAGAUCCGCACAUACAUAUAAUAUAUGUAUGUAUAUGUGUUUACAAGCGGUUACUUUAAUAUUGUGAACAGACAGUUACACUUUAUUAAUUUGUAUAUGUAUGUAUGUAUGUACGUAUGUUCGCGUGUGUGUCGCGACCUUAUCCGUUAGUUCUCCAUUAAUGCAGCCUCGGUGAACAAACUUCUUGUAAGUUCUAUGAUAUGAUUUGUUUGCUACAUAUGAUCUUCUCGUGACAUCUCCCCCUUGUUAGUCAUUGUUAUUUGACUCUCCACCUGUAGCCCAACACUCUCCUCACAGCAUGUGUUGCCGCUCGUGAUUCACAUUCCUCGACUCCUGUAACUCGUUCUUCAGGUUAUAUAAGGUUAAUGAUGCUGACUCCCAAGCGGAAGCCGCCUGACCGAGAUUUCCAAAUUCCUCUAUUGACAUUCGUCAUCAUCAGUGAUUCAUGUAACAUUAAUGAUUGUGUUCGGUUGUGGACGGACCUCUCGGGGGGGGGGGGAACUCAUGAAUACUCCGAAACGCUUAGAGACUUGAUUUGGGAAAAUAGAGGCAUGACGCCAUCUAGAGAUCUUAUCGGUAAACUCUUAGGCUCGAAGGAAGUAUGAUUUGACGUUUUUCCUUUAUUUUGUGUCUUUUCCACGGAGUUGUUUAUCGUUUAUAUUUUCAUUUAGAUAAUAAGAAAAGUUGAUUAAAAUCGCCGACACAAAGUGAUACUUUUGCUCUUGUUGCUAACAAUUUUCAUGAAGAAAAGUCUAAAUAUUUCUCAUAGCUAAGUAUACGCUUUGUAUAACUGUAAAGACCCAGAGAGUUCCCAUCUCGUCUUCGAGCGCGGCUACUCUUUCCUUCUUAAUAUCUUUAACGUGCGGACGCCAAGUCUAUACUGUGCUCUGAUUAUUGUAACUAUUACGUGACCUUGUUUCUCGCUGGUCGUCUUCUGUUAAUCGGUUCCAGUUCCUCGUCUAUAAUAAUAGCAUUUUUUUAAUAUUUCGUUAUAGCCUGUUUGUUUCUAUGUGACGUAUCUUUUUUCUCGAUAUUCACAUUGUUUCGUUGUUUCCGUUUUUACAUUUUUCUUGUUUUAUAUAUUUAAUGAGAGUCAAACUUGUUACAAUUCUCAAUAUCAAUAAAGUUCCUUGAGAUUUUA